GUGGAAGAACGUUUGGAAAAGCUCCUGGACCUGCCCACUCUCCUGAAGACCAAUAGUGCUGAUGUAUAUUUGCAUGGUCUGGAAGUUGGUGUUUGGAAAAUGGGAGGCAGCAGCAGCACUGAAAGAGUGGAGACAGAGGUGAAGGAGGAGGAGAAUCCAGAGCUCCUUAAAGAACCAUGGAGGAAUGUUGUGUGGGACCAUAGCACACGGACUAAUCUCAAGCAAUACCUGCAUGAUUACAAGCCCACUAUUGAUUCAGUGCCUCGGGCUCGGAUUCUUCUAAUUGGUGCAGUUGGUGCUGGAAAAUCAAGCUUCUUCAACUCCAUCAAUUCUGUUUUCCGUGGCAACAUGACAAGCCAAGCUAAAGCAGGAAGCGAUGCAACCUGCAUGACCAUGCAGUAUCGCACUUACACUGUGAGGGCGGGUCGAGGUGGACGGCCUCUGGCAUUCCUCCUGUGUGACACCAUGGGACUGGAAGCAGGGAAGGAUGGAGGCGUGAACCCUAAAGAUAUUGAGAGCAUCCUGAAGGGCUACAUACCAGACAAGUACAGUUUCAACCCUGUGCAACCAAUGAAAGCUGAUUGUCAGACGGGCAGCCGAUUGCCACUUCAGGACAGGAUCCACUGUGUGGUGUGUGUGAUAGAUGCCACUCGCUUUCAAUAUAUGGCUGAUGAAAUGAAGAAGAAACUUCAUGAAAUCCAGAGAACUGACUUUCAUGAUGUCCCUGUACUGGUGCUAUUGACCAACGUGGACAAUGCAUGCCCACACGUGAACAGGGACUUAAGGAAUGUGUACCGCAGCUGCUUCAUAAAGGAACUGAUCACAAGAGCGAGUGAAUGUCUGAGCGUCCCAGUGUCACAUGUGCUUCCAGUGCAGAAUUACACCUGCGAGACUGAGCUGAAUGACUCCUGUGACAUCCUGCUCCUCAGCGCCAUGAAGCAGAUGCUCAACUUUGCUGACAAUUACUUAGACAACUUGGAGGAAGACAUAGAGUAGACAAGUAUAUCAUAUUUGGAGGCAGUGCCAUCGCCUCACUGUGUCCAAGUUCUUGUGUUCUACUCCACACAUUAGAUCCCUGUAAACCUGCACAAGCCUUUUCAUAACUUGGACUUAGCUACACGGCAAAUGUGCCAGUCUUAAAUUAACUCUGCAUGGUGUCUAUAUGUGUCCACACCAUUCAGUGUUACCUUUAACACUUUACAGUGUGCAGUGAGUGUUGUUUUUACAAUGUUAAUGUUUAUUAACUCUU